GCCUUCAAACAAUUUUUCCUUAAAAAAAAAUGCCAAUUGGACCAAAAACGCCGUCGUUACUUCUCACCAAACACGAAAAAAGUUGGGUGAAGCUCAAAAAAAUCACUUUCAUGGAUAUCACUAUUGCCACGGAAACAAAUGUGAAUAAUUUAAUACGUGGAAUACCCUCUUUGGGCCUCCCUUCCAAAAACUAAAAAAAAUAUCCCUUCAAAGCAAAGAUAUCACCAUUCCACCACCCACUGAAAAGAAGAAAAAAGAAACAAUAAACAAUAAACAAUAAACAAAACAAAAAGCUCCAAAUUCUAAAACCUCAUAUCUGAUCUCCCUACACCCUUUUAAUUUCCACUCCACUUUCUCUCUCCUAACCCCCCUAAACACAAAAAUGGCCAUAUCAGACGCAGUAGUUGGGAAUCUGAUGACUAUCUAUCUAGCCUUAAUAGCCGCGAUCAAGGCAUACGGCCUAAUCAUGGGUCAGAGCUUCACCGGCUUAUUUGUACUUGUUGUGUCGUCUGCCGUCGUUGCCUUUGUUCUUGUGUCGACGCUUACUUGGGAUGUCUCACGCAAGGCUACCAAAGCAGUUGCGCGUGUCGAUGUUACCGGCGCUGCCGAGAUUUGCCGCGGCGGCAUUUGUUGGCACGGCGUUGCCGUUAAAUCUCCGGCGUCUCAGGUCUGGUUUCGACUCCCUCAGCACCAACCCUUUGCUGCUCCCAUCUAAUUUUUCUAAAUUCGGCCGCAGGUGAUAUCCGAGUGGUAUUAGCGUCGAGAUCCUCAAAGAACUUUAAUUUUACCUAUCUAUAAAAGGAACAUAAUUUGUAAAUUAAUUAAGUGAUUAUACGAUUUCAAAUUUUGGACUUCUUUUUUCUGUUUUGACAUUGGUGACACAUGUGUUGUAUAGAGUGAUUCUCGAAUUCCACUUGAAUUUUGAUGUUGGGUUAGUGGAUGUUUUGGGUUGGUUUUGUGUGGUGAGGGUUUUUCUUUUUUUUUUUAUUUUUAUGAUUUUGAUUUUUUUUUUCUUGUUUUUGGGAGUUUGGAUGGAGUUGAAAUCACGGAAUGUAAGUAGAAUAAGUUGGGGUCACAUACAGUUUUGUAUUUUGUAUAGUUUACUAAUAUAAGUUUGAUUAUUGUAUA